AGGUGGGCCACACUGUACAAUUCUGCCAACAGCGGCGGGACGACGAAAAGGCAGGAUUAAUCUCCACCUGUAUGGACGAGGAUAUAUACGACCGGUGGGGAAUGCACAUUGACCCCAAGACCCCGGGAGGAAUCAGGCAGGAAGCCCUCAGGCGGGCAGCGGCCGGGCCUCCAGCAGCCCCAACAAUGUUUAGGAUAUGGCAGGAAAGGCAAGACCCCGGCGUAAGAGUCGAGGAGAUUGUGGAUGAAAAUGAGGAAGUAACUCAGCGGUUGAAGGCGGGGACUAUAAAGGAGGAGCCCAUAGUUGUUGAGUCUCACGAUGAGGCGCAGGAAGUGGUGAGAGAGUCAGCCUCGACCAUCCUGGAGAGGAUGGAGGACCUGCUUGCAAAGGUCGGCAGGUAUCAGGAUCGUUUAAGGGCAAUGUGUGAAAAGGCCCGGGAAUGGGAAAUGAGCCUUCCUGAGGUGAUGCUCUAUGGGUCCGGUCCGGAGUCGUCGUCAGGACCACAAGGAUGUCCAAGCGAGGCGACGGUCGGGGCAGGUCCUAGGUUAGGGAUGACCUUCAGACCCCCUACGUCGCAUGGAAGGGUACCUCAGGCCGCGCAGAUUAGGGGCCAAAGUAAGGCCACCACCAGUCAAGGGCCUAGCCAAGCACCCAGUCGGGCGCCCCCUCGAAAGGACCCUGAGCCCGAACGAAGAAAGGAAGUGGUAGAAGUUCAAGAAGAGGAAGAUGAGGGUGAUGACGAAGAGGACGAGAGGCUCCGGCAGGAGGAGGACCGGAGGGCGGAACAGAGGGCCAAGAAGAGGGGGGCUCAGGGAGGGGUGGAGCCGAGUCUGCAUGAUGGCGUGCCAAAAAGGAAGAAGUACGCAGUCCGGCUGGAGGAAGACUUUGACGUGGAGCGAAUGGUGGAUAAGCUCCAGGAUGGCCAUAACGAUCUGAUGAACUUAAAGGACAUUUUGGCCUCAGCACCAAGGCUCCGGGGCGAGCUGAAAGGGCGGCUCUCGCGAAGGUUAGUGCCCAAUGUCCACCUGAGCUCAAUUCUGCCCAGGGAGAUAGAGUGGACAGAGGCGGGCACUAGGAUGGAUUGGAAAUGUGUGGUGGACUUGAAGGUGAGGGACCAGCCAAGCAUUGCAAUGGUGGACACAGGCGCGAAAAUGAAUAUCAUCCGGGAGAGGGACGCGACGAUGUUAGGGUUAGAAGUUGACCAUUCGGACCAUGGUGUGCUGCACGGCGCCAACUACAAGGCCAUUUUCUGCGGCACAGCGUCUAAUGUGAUGGUGGAGAUUGGGAGAGUAAGGGCGCGAAUGUGCUUCUUCGCCAUACCCGACGUCGACCACCCUAUUCUUCUGGGGAGGUCGUUCCUCUGCCGGACGGAGACCUUCGUCUUCAACAGGCAUGAGGGGACGAUGAUCCUGACUCUAUCUGAUCCGGCUUGCAGAAACUACGAAAUCAUAAAGUGUCGGAACACAAGGCCCGGAAGUGCGAGGAAUAGGCUCAACCUCGGCUCCUUUACCUUCGAGGAGUCGGAGUACGCGUGGCGGGGACUCCGGGAGGAACAAGAGGGGGAAGGAGCAGGCGAGGUGCUGUCCCUGGGCCUUAACGAUGUGAAUAAGGCAAUGGAGGUGGUGAAGGCGCACGAUAUGGCGGACCCGGAAGCCAUAAAGGCAUUGAGGGAACAGGAUCUGCAACGAAUGAAUGCAGUGACGGUGCGGGACGCGGGAGGGUUGCCGAAUGCGGACGCCCUGUCAGAAUCAUGCGCAAGAAGGUCUAUAAUCUCACUUAUAAACCUUUACUCUGGGUAUGACCAGUUUCUUGUGUACCCACCGGAUAGGUCGGUGACGGCGAUGCAUACGCCAAGGGGGCUAUUCCACAUGAACGUGGCGCCUCAGGGGUGGACUAAUGCGGUGGCGAUGGUGCAAGGGCACAUGAUUAGGGUCAUGCAGACGGUUAGUCCACAUAUCACUCAGCCCUACAUUGACGAUUUGGCGGUCAAGGGUCCAAAGGAGAAGGAGGAAGAUGAAGUGAUGCCAGGAGUAAGGCGGUUCGUAUGGAAGCACGUCCAGGAUAUCGAUAAGGUUCUGGGUCUGCUGGAAGAACACAACCUGACGGCAAGCGGCCCCAAGUCGAAACAUUGUAUGAGGGAGGCCACGAUUCUGGGCUUUGUCUGUAACAAGAGGGGGCGGAGGCCAGACGUGAAGAAAAUGGAUAAGAUCGUAGAGUGGUCAGUCCCCUUCCAGUCGAUAACGAACGUGAGGAGCUUCCUUGGGACCUGCGGGUUUUGGAGGAUUUUUGUGAAGGACUUCGCCACCAAGUCAGAGCAUUUGAGGAAGCUGGUGCGUCAGGAUCAGGAGUGGGUCUGGGGCGAAGACCAGAAAAGGGUUGUGGAAAGGAUGAAGAGAGAAUUCAAGGAAGGAGGUUUGGUGUCAGGAGCGCCAAACUAUGAGGCCAUAGAGGAAAAGCCAUUCAUUGUCGAGACGGACUCUGGGCCAACUGCCUUAGGAGGAGUCCUGAUUCAGGCGGAUGCGGAUGGGAAGGAGAGGCCGUUAAGGGACACAUGGUCUAGUGGAGGCGGUAAGGACGAUAUGGAAGGCCCAACCCAGGUAGAGGAGCAUGAGCAGCUAAUGGGAGGAAUGUACUUGCUCACCAACACGCUCCUGCAGGGGAACUUUGGCCAGAGGAGCGCAGCUAGCUCCGAAGAGGGCGAACUUCUCAUUCCUGAGAGCCAGGACGACGAGUUCGAAGAGGGAGAGAUUAGGGAGGCCUUCCGUGCCGAGGAGUAUGACGGAAUUUAUCGGGAGUUGGGGUUACUCCUGUCGUGCGAAAUGAGGGAUAGCGACGCAAGUGCUAAGGCCCAGAAGAUGAGGCAUCUCUACGUAGUGAGAGAUGGUCAUUUGUUUAUAAAGCGACUGGUUGGGAACCCCAGGAGGAUCGUAUGCGGGAGGAACCGGCAGAUCGAUGUCAUAGCAGCCUUACACGAUGGUAUAGCAGGGGGGCACAGAGGGGUUAGUGCCACGUGCGCAAAGAUAAGUGAGUUAUACCAUUGGGAUGGAAUGCUGACAAUGGUCAUCAAGUACUGCCAGUCCUGUGUACCCUGCCAACAGAGGUCUGACUUUUCGAAGGCAGUCAUGCAGAGGGGCGGGAGGGACACACGGCCAUGCCAGGGGCCCCAGAGGAUGGAGGGAAGAGGCGAGCAGCAUAAGCCGCCUAGGAGGGAGCCUACGCCUGAGUUUGAUGAUGACAACAUUGAGCUCUUCUUGGACGUAUAUCGGGAUCAUGCGGCACAAAGAGGGUGGUCAGUGGCGGAGAGGAUUCACCACUUGAGGGGUAUAGGGCGGUUCGAGGAGUCUGUCGCUCAGAUAUGUGAGGAGGCCCUGACUUGGCCGGACGUGGAAGCCGGGAUGCAGAGGUUGAGAGCUUCCCCUAGGGGGCGUGAUGGCAUGCCCAUUCGAUUGGAGGAGGGGAAUGCAGAUGAGUUCAUCCCCGCAUAUGAGCACUACAUGUUGAGUCUGGGGGUUGCGCGGGAGGAAUGGGUGCAGGCUAUACUCAUCUGGACGAGGCAGGCAGAGAGGCAGGUGGCCAAGCAGAUUCAAAAAAGGGCUCGAGACUGGGAGGACUGUCAGGCCCAGCUCAGGAGGGCGUUCGGACGGCCACAGCAUGAGAGGCACGAGCCCAGAGUUGAGAGGCGGUGGCGAAGCAAGAGGCCAAGGGAACCGGCACCGAGAGAGGCGGGGCUGGCCAAAGAGAGGAGGGGAGCCCCAGCCCAGCGGGAGGAUGAGCCCGCAGGGCCCGCAUUGGCAGAGGAGUCGUUCCCUGCUUGUGGCCUCCGAGCGGUUGAGUUUCGGCGGAUUACGAGCGAGGAGUUGAGGCCGCCCUCACCACUGCCAUCAACGCAGGAGCUGGACAUACCAAGAGAGAUGCCAUUCCGAAGCUUAGCGACUCAUCUCGGUGUAUCCCGAUGGGAGGCCUCACGGAUGGGAGAGGGUUCAGUUGAGCCGGCAUGCUACGUGCCAUUGGAGGAGCCCCUCGACCCCGAGAUGGAGACAGACAUGCGAGACCGAGAGGAGCCGCAGGAUCCUGAAAUGGCAGCCGAGCGGCCGGAUCCGGUGCGACCUCAGGGUAGAGAGGUGAUCACGGUUGGGGACGAUACCCCUCCAUGCUCCCCAGCUCCAGAGCCAGCACAACGUUCAUGGCCAGAGGGAAUUCCUGAGCCAGGCAGUGAGGAGAUCCCGGAGUUUCCCCCUGAGGCCACCACUAUACCUGAGCAGGAGGCAGAGGCGGAGGACCAAGGGAUAGAGCCGACACCGCCGGUCGAGCCCAAGACAAGUGAGCAGAGGAUCGACGAGUUGUGGGCUAGGUAUGAGAGCCAGAGGGAUGCAGCCCGCCAGAGGUCACGAGAGGCAGGACGGGCGGACGAGGAGACGAGUGAGUUGAGAGAGAUGGGGGACUUGGGGUUCUCCGCGACCAGGCAGGCGAUUGAGCGCAUGGAUCAGAGGCUAUGCGAGACGGCAGUCACAUCUUUCCAGUGGUAUAAUCUACUCAGAAAUGAGCUCAGGGUCAAAGAGUUGGAGGUGGAGCACCUGACUACUCAGCUUGCCGAGGAGAGGGCGAGAAGCCAGGCUAGAGAGGUUGAGUGGGAGAGGAGAUUUGAGGAGAUGGCGGCCGCUGUGGAUAGGCUCUCAGCAGCCUGGGAGGCUAGCCAGGUGGGGCGAGCCGGUGCCGAUGGCCAGGGCUGGGGAAUGCGCGCCUCGCCGAGCCAAGGAGCAGCAGUGGAGGUCCCCCGACAGAGUGAGCCGAUGGAGGAGGUGCCCUUGGACGCAAUUGAGGAGGAAGGUGGUGCGCAAGAGUCGCUUAUGGCUAUGUCCACGGAGAGGAGAGGUUCGCGCUUGCAUGAGCUGGCGGCAGCCAUGGGGAUAGGCACUCCACAGGAGAGGUCUCAGAGGCUCGACACUCCAGAGGAUGCUCCGAGAUUGGGAAAGUUGAGGACGGAGCUGGGUUCCUGGGCCACGGAGACGGACUCCGGGGAGCCUGGCUCGCGGCGACAACAGCAGCAGGAGGUCAUGAGUGAGCCCACUGCUAUAGGGGGCCCUCAGCCGUCAGGGGUAUGCAGGGAUGAGGCGGUGCUGACAGAGAGGGCUCAUGAGGAGGGACCCCGAGAGUUGGGCACGCCGGGCUGCAGGCCAGUGAGCACGGCCAUACGAGAGGGUGGGGGUGUUGAGGCUAUGGAGCAUGGACCUCAGGGCCAUGUGGGGUUGCCCUCGUGUCAUGAGGUGACCACUGAGACCAUGGGGAUGCCUUCGACAUCGAGUUCGCAGGGGAGAAAGAAGAAGACUGGCAGAUGGCACGAUGCCUCCUGUUUGUGGUGCAAGGAGGAAGGGCAUAGAGCCGUGGACUGCCCAAAACUCCUCGAAGAUAAGGCCGAGGGGCGAGUUGCGGAGUUCAACGACAAGUUCUAUGACAGGCAGGGCAGGAUAGUAGAGCGAGCUCCAGAUGGGGGUAGGGCUCAGUUAUAUAGGCAGAACCAGGUGGAAUUAUGUAAGUAGAGAUUGGUCUGUCUAUAUAUUGAUAGGACAAGAGAUCCUUGACACACACGGGGCGGGGUUAGGGGUAUACAUACCUUGAG